GGGGUCGGCAGGCUCUGUCGGCAGCUCCAUCCAGCUUACAGGAGAGGAGAUCGGAUCUCUGGAAGGGAAUGAAGCCGAGGAAGAGCAAGGAACCUCUCAUGGGGAGAGCGGCGGCUCUGAUCCUUGUCCUCUGCGUCUCGGGGAUAACAGCAGAAACCGCUCGGUACUCUGUGCCCGAGGAGGCGGGGAGAGGCUCUUUUGUGGCGAAUAUCGCUAAGGAUUUGGGACUAACCAGUGAGGAAUUAUUGGCCCGUCAAGCUCGAGUCGUUCCUGAAGGAGAAAAACAGUAUUUACAGCUGAACCAGCACACCGGGGAUUUGGUGGUGAGAGAGCAGAUGGACCGGGAAGAGAUGUGUGGACAGAGCGAGCCCUGCUUGGUGCGUUUUGAGGUGCUGCUGGAGAGCCCACUGCAGUCCUUCCGAGCUGAGGUAAGACUCACCGAUAUAAACGAUCAUGCUCCUGCGUUCCUAAAUAAAGAAAUUGUUUUAAAGAUCCCGGAAUCUGCAAUGCCAGGGACUCGGGUUUUGUUGGAAAGCGCUCACGAUCCAGACGUGGGGAACAAUAGCCUUCAGCAUUAUAGUAUCAGCUCGAACGAAUAUUUCCAUGUGUACACCCAGCGGCGGAGUGACGGCGGGAGGUACGCCGAGCUGGUGUUGGAUCGAGCCCUGGACCGGGAGCAGCAGGCAGAAGUUGCUUUCAUCAUCACGGCUGUGGAUGGUGGGAAUCCACCACGGUCUGGCACAGCUUUAAUCCGCGUCAUAGUCCUGGAUACAAACGACAACAUCCCGGUAUUUACUCAGACUCUGUAUAAAGUCUCUGUAAUGGAAAAUAGCUCACAGGACACCAUAGUGAUGGUAGUGUCUGCUAGCGAUUUAGACGCAGGAACGAAUGGGGAAAUAGUGUAUUCCAUAUUUCAAAAUUCAGAAGAAAAUCUCCAAACGUUUAAAAUAAACCCAGAGACAGGUCAGAUUCGUCUCAAAAAGACCUUGGACUAUGAAGAAAAAAAGACAUACGAGAUAGACGUCCAAGCCACAGAUGGAGGGGGCCUCUCCACGCAUUGCAAGGUGGAGGUGCAGGUGAAGGACGUGAAUGAUAAUGCCCCCGAGGUGAUCAUCACCUCGCUCACCAGCACUCUCUCGGAAGCCGCCCCUCCCAACACCGUGGUGGCCCUCUUCAACGUGCGGGACCCAGACUCGGGGGACAAUGGCAGGACGACCUGCGAGCUGACAGGAGAGCAGCCCUUCAGGAUCACGCUGCUGGCAGCCGACGCGUACGCGCUGGUGACAUCAGAGACGCUGGACCGGGAGCAGGUGGAGGAAUACAACGUGACGGUGCGAGCUCGAGACGAGGGCUCCCCCACCCUCUCGGCAUCCAAGACCCUGUUCGUGCGGCUCUUGGAUGUGAACGACAAUGCACCCACCUUCACCCAGGCCAUUUACACCAUGGUGAUUAGCGAAAACGAGCCCGCGGGUAGGAGCCUGGGCCACCUCAGUGCCACGGACCCGGAUGCGGGAGAGAAUGCCCACGUAAGAUACUCGCUAGUGCCGCCGCCACCAGGCACCCUCGCCGCAGCAUCAUUCGUGUCAGUGGACGCGGAGAGUGGAACCGUCCGGAAGAGGGACGCGCCCCGGCAGAGGCUCAUCGUGCUGGUGCGGGAUCGCGGGCAUCCGUCGCGCUCUGCCACUGCCACCCUCGCUGUGGCACUGGUGGACGAUUUCUCCGAUGCCUUUCACCAGCUUGGCCACGAUCCUGCGAGCCGACAGCAGCCACAGAUAGCCGAAGAGGAAAUGCUCACCACUUACCUCAUCACCUCCCUGUGCUGCGUCUCGUCCCUUUUCCUCUUGUCCGUCCUCGUCUUGACGGCGAACACGCUCUGCAAAGCUCGUGUCCGGGCAGAGCUUCCUCCUCCCUCUCCCAGCUGCUAUGCGGAUGGAGAUUUCGCCAGCGACGGCGUGGGCGCGGGAAGCACGGGUACUCUGUCGCCGGCUUACCGCUACGAAAUGUGUCUGACCAGCGGCUCGGGGAGGAGCGAAUUCCGGUUCCUGAGGCCCAUCCUGCCCAGCCUUCAUAGCAAUGCUGAGGCGGGACAGGACAAGGACGAGGAGCUGCUACGCCACUCGCAGCCUCCUUGCGACAGGGAAGCCCAAACGAGGAGCAAAGCCACUCCUCCUUUUUAGCCGCGAGACUAGCCAGUAGGCGUGC